CAGAAUACAUGAUCAAGUGGUGUUAAUUUUUGUAUUUUGUUCAACUAUGCUUAAGCAGCAGAUGAUGAUGUGCGUAUCAUUUUGGCUUCUAGUGUUUGUGCACGUUUGUUGUUAUGUUUCUACUGAAGCGAAACCUAAUAUUAUUCUUAUAGUGGCUGAUGAUUUGGGUUGGAACGAUGUGGGCUUUCACGGUAGCAAUCAAAUCCCGACGCCGAACAUAGACGCAUUAGCAUAUAAUGGCAUUAUCCUGAACGAGCACUACGUCCAGUCGUCGGGAACGGCCACCAGGUCGUCCCUCUUCACCGGGAAAUAUCCCAUCAAACUUGGAGACGUCGAGUCUUCUGGGGCCAGGGAGUCAGGGUUUCCACUGGGGCGGUUGAGUUUCUGGUGUGACGGUGGAGGACAAGCGGUGGUCGGUGGUAGUACCGUUUUCGGUACAGGAUUGACAGGGACGUCAGUCACUGGGAUGUCAUGCGGCAUAGGAAUACGGCAGUGGUACAGUCGUCCCAUUAAUGGCAAAUACUUCAAUGGAUUCGAUUUAAGGAAGGAUUUGGAGCCGGCGUGGGAUUUUGCAGGUACUUACGCAACUGAUGCGAUAACCGAUUACGCCGUUGAAGUGAUAUCAAAUCAGGCUGAGGAUAAGCCGCUAUUUAUGGUUAUUUCCCACUUUGCCCCUCACGCAGGAAAUGAAGGGAAAUUACUGGAUGCGCCCCCGGAAGCCGUUGGAAAAUUCCCGCAUAUCAUAGACGCCCAUCGAAGAAUAUUUGCAGGGAUGGUGUCAAAACUAGACGAUAGCGUAGGAAGAGUUGUGGAAGCACUAGAUCAGAAAGGAGUUGUUCAAAAUUCAGUAAUUAUUUUCUUAUCGGAUAAUGGUUCCCCAGGUACAUCCAGGCCAUUCCCAAACUGGGGCUCUAAUUAUCCUUUGAGGGGUCUAAAAGGUACUUUGUUCGAAGGAGGUUUAAGGAGUGUAGCUUUUAUAUGGAGUCCUUUACUUGGUCAAAGUUCUAAAGUCUCUAUAGAGCUUAUUCACGUUAGUGACUGGCUACCCACAUUAGUAUCUGCAGGCGGAGGCGAAACAAGUUUAUUGGAUACUGACAUCGAUGGAAUUGAUUUAUGGUCAAGUUUGGUGUACGAUUUCCCAUCACCAAGAAACGAGAUACUUCUUAAUAUCGAUGAGGUAACAAGAUGUGCCGCUUUGAGGUUCUACAACUGGAAACUCAUCGUGGGAAAUCCGGAAGUAAAUGAAACAAGCAAUUCUUACGACGGCGAAAGCGGGGAUGAAAACAUUAAACCAGUAGAGUAUAACGUAUCUGCAAUUCAACAUAGUCCAGUAGGAAAAGCAAUAAUAAAAUUAAGUUACAAUCCAGCAAGUGAGGUUGAAUACGAAAUUCUCCGACAACAAGCUACUAUAAAGUGUCUCCCAGAAAAGGCGAAGAAAAGUACUUGCGACUUAUCAAACGGCGAUAUCUGUUUGUUCGACAUCCCUAAAGAUCCUUGCGAGGAAAACAACUUGGUCAAUUUUUUUCCAAGUGUCGUCCGCAGGAUGAAACGGGCAUUGGUCGAUUACAAGUCCUCUCUGGUUCCACAACCAACGCGCUCGUUCGAUAUAGAAAACGCAGAUCCUAAACUUUUCCAAUUUACGUGGAAUCCCUGGUUAGAAUGUGCAAAUCCCUCUUGUUCGCCGACGUAAUUGUCAGUCUUCUGUACAUUAUUCGAUACUGAUUUAAAUGCAAAUUAUAAUUCCUUUAAUUCUGCAGAAUUGGAGUUGAUACUGAAGACUCCACUUGCCUUUCUGUAGGAGUAGUAUCGUUUCUCAAUAAACUGUU